AUGGACUCUGGUGUGACACAGAUGCCUGCCCCGUCAUGCCUUCCGGUCCAGGUUCAAACUCACAUAAAAAAUCAGGGCUCGAACUCGUCGGCAAUGAGCCACGAUGGCAUAUCAAUCGCCGAGGCCGUCCCAUCACCCCGGAGAUGGUCUCCCACCUACAUACCUCGCAGGCGAAGCAGACAAGUGCCCUCACUAUCAUUUAUACCGUCACCAGUGAUGCCGCGUGUAGAGUCGCAGGAUUUUUCGACUUCGUCAACCCGGCGGGCUGCAGACCGGGGUACAGCUUGCAUGUCGCCAUUUCGCUCUGUUCGAAAGAUGAAAGAACCUUUCCAGUUGAUGCUGCCAUCAUCCCCAGCAUCACUUGAUGGUCCUCCUCCCGCCUUCCCUGAGAAACCCAGCAAACUAUCUACAGCGCCGGCCGAACACACACUGCGAACAUGGCGUUCAGACCAAAAUCUGACCUCUAGUAGCAUGGAUGCAUUUGGCCUUUUACCCAGCCCACCCAUGUCAGAGUCGAGGCCCGCGAGUACUGGUCCAGAAAUAUCUUACUUUGAUUCUUUCUCCUCGCAAGCAUCAGAGCGAUCUAAGGACGAGACGGAGGAGCAAGAGGCGAACGAUUUCACUCAAUCGGACGGUCCUGUCCCCAAAAUGACAUUGAACGUUGCAGAAAGAGCAACGUACACGGCGUACCGUCCUCCAAAUUGGGAGAAUCAAUCGCGUCCAGAUGUUAUGAAUGUCCACCAAGCACACUCAGAGUUUGUACGGCUAUGCGAAUCCGGCAACGAGCAAGGUGCACCUGCCUCAAAAACUGACACUCCGACUCCUACUGCAGCAUCCCCCAAAUCAGCACAUAGCGAGAGAUCUCUUGUUCCUGGAAGCUCACCAAGACCUCAACGCCUCAGGGCUGGGACAGUCUCGAGUGAAGCUAGCUGGGUGCCUAGCAAUUUUUCAUACUGUGAGCGAUGGCUGCAGGGUGUGCCAGUUGACAAAGCGAGCGAUCAAGGCACGCCUGCAAAGGAGUUCAACAAUCGGCGUAAAUGUCAAAUUGUCGAGAAUGACCCUCCUAUGCCCAAGCUGGACAUAAUCCCGGGAGCUAAAGCUCUGAAAAAAUAUGUAGUCCAUCCCAAAACAAAGCCCAAGCUUGUGGAUAUUGCGCGCCAAUCAUCACCGUCGGUGCCGCUAGUCCCUCCAGCAGUGCUCCUACCACAGACAGUACCGACGACUCCAGAUCAGCGUCAAGAGGAAGUAUCUGUAUUCAGUCCGGACACUCCGCUUUAUAUUUCUGACAGUGGAUAUGAAACUCGUGAUUCUGGCUGCUCGUUUAAUGGUCUUGAUGAUACAAAAUCCGACGAGCACGAUGACGACGGUGAUGCCUACACUGAUCCAGGGUCAUUGACCUCUUCAGACAGCGUUGGAUCAACUGUGAUAUGUGAGAGGCCUGACUCCGUGCAGGGAGAACGUGAAGUUUGUCCGCAGCCUGAAAUACGGUCGGGCAGUGUAAGCCCGAAGGCAUCAUCACCAACAACCCAAGCACCAGAUAGGACCUCCACCAUACCCGAGAAGCAAGAAGAAAAACCACGGCUAUGGCACCAUGAAUGGACGCUGGACGAUCAUGAAUGGACUCUUGAUGAGCUGGACCACUCCGUGAAGGAUUUUCCUCGCCAUAUGCUUCGUCUCACAUCCCCUGUGAUGGUAUUCCUCCGCAAAAACGACGAGAAGGCCUUGCUCAGGCCUUUCCGUACUAUUUUUCCUGAUGUGACCGAGAACCUGCUCGACUGCCUGUGUGCCGCCCUUCUGGCCCGCAACUAUCUGCUUUCUCUGUCAACCAUCCACCGAACCAAACCAUCUCCUUCCACACGCAACGAGUCAUACCCUCUCGAAGCGAUCCCAACAAAAGCAUACAGCACACUCGGAAUACAGCUUCCCUCUGGGUCAUCUAGCAAGACAAAAGAUCGCAUUUUUGGACCUCGCAACGCGGAGCUCCGAGCACGCCUUGAGCGCAUCGUGGACAAUCUUCUCUUCGCCAUCUGCGGCCGAUCUGAUCCUACGUUGAAAUCGGCCGUCGAAGUACUCGCUCAAGUUCUUGAGACCAAUGCUUAG